AGCCGUUUGGCACGGAGCUGACAGCUGCGCGCGGCGGUCCUUCGGCUCGGGGAAUGUCCGCGGUGGUCUCCCCCACGCCCGAGCCGUUCGGCACGUUCCCGGCGGCCUGCGGGGCGCCGCCGCCGCAGGUCGGCGGCGCUGAGCGGCGUGGGGCCCCACGGGCGCUGACGCCGGUGGCGCGCGUCUUCGGCGGCUCGGUGUCCGUGGGCACCGUGGUGGCCGCGGCUGGCUGCGGGACUCCAGGGCCGCCCGGGGCGCCGCCGCCUCUGGUGGUGUCGCGCUCCACGACCCCGCGGCCGCCCGCGAGGGCCACGUCGGUCGCCGCCGUGCGGGGACCCUCGCCGAUGCCGGCGAGAUUCGCGCUGGUGGCGCCGGCGCCAGGCGUGCCCAUGACGCCGAGCGUGCCCAUGAUGAGGCCAGUGGCGCACGCCGCCCCGGUCGCCACCUACGGGCCGCCCAGGCCCACCUACGGGCCGCCCGCGCCGGCGUACGGCGUGCCGGCGGCGCUGGCGGCGGGGCCGCCGUGCGGCACGGGCAAGGGGGAGCUCGAGGGCGGCCCGCCGCAGUUCACGGCGGGGCUCCCGGACCCCGCGGCCAUCGAGUCGCAGAAGACGGUCUACACCCACGAGCUGGACGACCAGCUGAAGCAGGGCGUGGAGGUCCUGGCCGAGCAGCUGAAGCAGCAGUCCGCAUACCUCGCCGCGGUGGGUGAGCAGCAGAAGCGGCAGUACGGGCUUCAGGUCGACCGGGACAUCAAGGCCAAGGAGAUGGUGCUGGCGCAGCAGCACAACGAGCAGCUGCUCAUGCUGCAGCAGGCGGCGCAGCAGCAGAAGUCAGCGCUGGAGCACCAGGCGAACGCUCUCAUCUUGGAGUACCAGCAAAAGAAGACUGCAGAGGAGUUGGCAGCGCAGCAGUUCAACUUCCAGAAGCAGCACAUGGAAAUGCAAGCGCGCUAUGCGGAGGAGAUGAGGGAGCUACAGGUGCAGCAGAUGGCGGCGGCCAGCCAGGUGGCAGCGCAGCAGGCCGCCAUAGCGCAGGAGGCGGCGGCCGCCGAGCGGCAGGCGCAGUCGAUGGCCCACCACCACUCCACCGCCAUGCUGCACGGCGCCCGCGGCGGGGUGCCCUUUGCGGUGCCCAUGGUGGUUGGGCCGCCGCCGGUUUUAGCGUGCGCGGGCCAUUCCAGGAUGUUCGAGCCCGCCACCGUCGUGCAGCCGACCACGGUGUACCCGGCCACCGUUGCUCCUGGGACGCCCAUGGCGCCUGGUGGGACGUCGUUGGUGGUGCAGGCGCCCGUGGCGCCGCCGACGGCCCUCCGGAGGUGAGGCGGCGGCCCCCUUCCGUUCCCCGCCGGCCCCGCAGCCCUGGUCGCGGCCUUCCGGCGGUGGCCGCAGCCAUCGUGUGCUCGCGGUCGUCGACGGCGUCGCCGCGGUCGUCGUCGCCGCGGUCGUCGUCGUCGCGGUCGUCGUCGAUGCUGGUUUGGCCGUGGCUUUGGCGCCGUCGUCGUGGCCGCGGCCGCCGUCGCGAUCGCCGUCCGCGGCGGCACCGUCGUCGUCGCUGCCGUGGCCGUGGGGUGCAGCCGGAUGAGGGUUCCAGCAACAAUCAGUCGGCGACGCGGAGGGAACGAGCUUAUGGUCGCGGGGGUUCCUCUGACGGUUUGCGGGCGCAUCUCUGUUUGCCCCGUCCAGGGCGCGCCGAACUUGCGCGCGUGCCGGGCGGGGCUUGUAAUUUGCUUCACUCGCCAGCCAACUGAGCGUUUUUUCGCUGCAGCACGCGUGCACAUAAUUUGCCCGGGCGCUGUAGGUUGCGAGUUGAGAUCAGUUCAGCCUGCAAAGGUUCUUGCAGCUGACCUCAUUUUCUGCGAAAGCCAAUGACCACUCGGCAACCUACCUGCACAGCCCGAUCAAGCUACCCAUGCUGGAGCAUAUGUAUUAAACAUGUCUCAGGUGGGUGUCCCGACUCGCGGCCAAAAUGUGCCAAUGUGGGGAAAGC